UUUAUUUUAGCUGUUUGUCUCCCUGGAAACAAGAGGCAGGCUUGACUAUAUUAGUCCCCCAAGCAUAGCAUGGAUUCAGAACGCACUGAGCGCUAUAUUAAAACGCCCAUAAAAGCGCAACUGGCAAGAAGUUUAGUCCUUCAGCUUCGCACACCUACAAGAGUGGCUGCCAGCAAGGGCUUUCCUUCAGAGAAAAGGCAGCUGUCUGAAAGGCACUCCAGCGCCAUACAAAGUCGGAAUCUGUUUGCUGCGAAAGGAAAUAAACUUGGAGCUUUAACGGUACCGUUUUAAAAAAACUUGAUGGCAGGCAGAAGCCCAGCAUCUGUGAAUGGGACUUGGGCUGAGCUGAAGGACUGCAAAGAGGAGAGUCACUGUGCAAAAGAUCUGCUAUGAUGGAAACAAUUUCUUAGAAGAAAAGUUGACUUCCAAACAGAAGCCAUCUGUCUCCUCCUGGCUAAGCCUUUCUCCAUCGUCUCCUCCCUAAUCAGGGCAUGCAACUUGCUUCCAAGAUGAACAGAACAUUGCCCCAGCUAAACUCUUCAGGAAGCAGCGAGAGCAGCUGUUGGCAUCUGGUGUCUAUCCUCAUUCCUCUAGCGUAUUCUCUGAUUUUCCUGGUAGGCACGGUGGGCAACUCUCUGGUGCUGGCAGUGCUGCUGAGGAACAGGCAAGUCAACAACACCACCAACCUCUUCAUCCUCAAUCUGGGAGUGGCCGACCUGUGCUUUAUAGUCUUCUGCGUGCCCUUCCAGGCCACCAUCUACACCCUGGAUGACUGGAUCUUUGGGCCACUCAUGUGCAAAGCAGUGCACUUCUUCAUUUACCUGACCAUGUAUGCCAGCAGCUUCACCCUCACAACUGUAUCCCUAGACAGGUAUCUGGCCAUAAGGUACCCUUUGCAUUCAAGAGAACUGCGAACCCCCAGGAAUGCCCUCACCGCCAUUUGUCUCAUCUGGGGCCUUUCCUUCAUCUUCUCUGGACCUUACAUCAGUUACUACCAGGAGUUUCAGGUGGCCAAUGUUACUGUCUGCCAUCCCAUCUGGAAAGUCUCUCAGCGCAAAGUUAUGGACCUCUGCACUUUUGCCUUCAGUUAUGUCAUUCCUGUCCUGAUUCUGAGCCUCACCUACGUGAGGACCAUCCGUUACCUCUGGACGUCGGUGGACCCCAUUAAAGACAUGUCUGAUUCCAAGAAGGGCAAGCGCAAGGUCACGCGGAUGAUCAUCAUUGUGGCUGUUCUCUUCUGCCUUUGCUGGCUGCCCCAUCACUUGGUCAUCCUCUGCUUUUGGUUUGGCUACUUCCCACUGAACAAUGCGACCUAUGUGCUCAGAAUCCUCUCCCACCUGAUUUCAUACGCCAACUCAUGUGUCAACCCCAUCGUCUACGCUCUGGUAUCCAAACAUUUCCGUAAGGGAUUCAAGAAGAUCUUCAGUUGCCUCUUGCACAAAAGAGUGACCAACAAGGUUCAUGUGGCACAGGUGACUCACACAGUGAGCAUCUUGGAAGCGGAUCUGACAGAGGUGAUACACGUCAGUGAGCCCACGCAUGCCAGGGCCUCCAGCUGCUGUCAAAUCCCCAUCCAGACAUGGGGUGAGGCAGAGCAGCUGAGUCGCCAAGAGAGAGUCACCAACCCUUUCAUCACUGUCAAUGUCACUUAGAAAAGUGCCUUUUCUCUAGGCUCUAACCAAAGGAUGAAUUCCUUGGCAACUGAAGGAUGUAAGGUUUUAAGAACAGAAGAUAGUGGCUGAAAACACAAGAACCAGCAGAUGGCUCCAGCCAAUGAUAUUUGAUUGUUCAUCGCUCCCUUCUCCACCAGAAGCCAUUGCACUAUCAGAGACUCAGCAAAGCAAAGCUCACAGUAUACUGAGCAUGAAGUAGUGCUACAUGCAGAGAACAGCACUGGAAGGUGUCUUCAUUUCAUUUUGCACAUUUUUAAAGUGGCUUCAGUUAUUGGUUUGUUUUCAUUGUUGUGCAUUUUGUGUUCUCAUUUUGUAUUUUUAUGCUGUGAACUGCCCUGUGAUCUUCGGAGGAAGGGCAUUAUACAAAUUUGAUAAGUAAAUAAAUGAAUUCAAAUAAAACUCCGUUGAAGAGAUUAGCUGAUCAAGCAAUUAUUGUACUGGGAAUCUGGACUCACCAGUGUAUUACAGGGGCCUGGGGAAUGGGGUUCUAUAGCCUAAAGGAAGAAGAGAAGGAUUACUACAUCAGAAAAUGAGACUGGCUGGUUGAUUGUGUCAAGGACUUUGGACUUUGAGUAGGAAACCUCUGGAAUCUGUUACAAGGGUAAACCAUGAUCUCUCUGUGCUCAAGUCACAAAGCCCCCUUCAGGAGGAGUAGAGUUUAGUCCCUUCACUGCCAGCAAAUAUGAAUCUUAUAAAGUCUGUCUGUCUGUCCCUCCCUCUCUCUCUCUCUCUCUCUCUCUCUGUGUGUGUGUGUGUGUACAUACUGCACGUACUACAGAUUCUAACUUCCAUCCUUCAGUGUAGAGAUGGGAAAUCUGUGGUCCCUGAUCAGGGCUUUUCCCCCCAGCCAGAACUCACCGGAACUGAGUUCCGAUACCUCUCAGGUGGCCAUUCUAAAAGAACAAGGGAAGUGUUCAUGGUAAGUUCUGGCACCUCUUUUUCUAGAAAAAUAGCACUGCUCUAGAUGAUGUUGCGUUUCAGUUCCCAUCAACCCCAGGCAACAUGGCUAAUGGCCGGAGAUGAUAGGAGCUGGAGUCCAGGAACAUGUGGAGAGCCACAGGUUCCCCAUCUCUGAUCUUGGGCACCCAGAGUGGGCCGUACACUCUCCAGAUCUAGAUUUGAGUCCAACAACUCAUGGUUCCAACUGCCUUUGAU